ACCAGUGAUUAAAACAUCUUUGAAUCCUGUGUUAUUGGCAUUAAAACCUCGUCUCCUAGAGAGGCCUGGAGUAUAGGUAUCCUUAUUAAGCUAACUCAAUCCGCCCAGAGAUCACUCUCUCCUUGAUCUAGCUGCCUUUUUUUGGAUGAAACCUGCUUCUCAGUUGCUGCCAUGGCCAGCAACGUCGGUGCAGAGAGGCUUCCCCCUCCUUCUCAAUCCAAGAUGGCAAUUUCUCCCAUUGCAUGGACGAUAGCGGAUAUCCGACGACAAGGAAGCGCCAAAAUCGAUGCUAAAUGGGCUGAAUAUAUCAAUUCUGGCUCCAUGGACUCUAUCUCGACCCAGGCAAACGAGGAAGCCUACAAUGCGUACCGCAUCGUGCCACGGAUCCUGCGCAAUGUCGCCGAAGUAGAUGCAUCGACCACGAUAUUCGGGCAGAAGGUGUCGAUGCCGUUCGGUUUCUCCCCUGCAGCGAUGCACUGUCUGGCCCACCCGGAAGGCGAGGUCGCCACGUCACGAGCAGCUGCAAAGGCCAAUAUCGCCAUGGGUCUCUCGCACUGGGCGACGCGGUCCAUGGAGGACGUGAGGAAGGCGAGCGCCGAAGUUGGUGGUACGAAUCCUUAUGGCAUUCAGUCGUCCGGGGCCAGCACUCGGUCUGGUAUGCAAACGUUGUUCAAAAAGGCAAGCGAGCUCGGGUAUCGCGCUGUGAUCAUGACCGUCGAUGCACCGACGCUUGGUCGACGCUUGGCCGAGUACCGAAACGGCAUCAAUUUGCCUCCGGGAAUGAAGUUCCCAAACAUUGUCGACGAGAAGAGUGGAGAAUCACCCGCGUCGUUUGUAGGUCUGCCUAGGGAUGCCUCGACCACAUGGGACAAGCUUUUGCCCUGGCUUAGUGACCCUGACGUCGUGCCUGAAGGCAUGGAAAUUUGGCUAAAGGGGGUGUACGCACCCGAAGACGUGUAUAUGGCGGCCACGUACCCACGAGUUAAAGGUGUCAUCAUCUCGAAUCACGGCGGUCGCCAGCUCGACGGAUGCCCGGCGACUCUCGAGGCCUUACCUGACUGCGCCGAGGCAGCGCGAAACAUCAACUCCACGCGCUCACCGGAGAACAAGCUGAUGCUGGGUAUUGACGGUGGCAUUCGUAGGGGAACUGAUAUAUUCAAGGCGGUGGCUCUAGGCGCAGACAUGUGUUUCGCGGGACGUAUCCCCAUAUGGGGUCUAGGUUAUGCCGGUGAAGCAGGUGUCAGUCGGGCCAUUCAAUUGCUUCGGGAGGAAUUCGAAAUGGCCAUGCGGUUGGCUGGUGUUACGAAGCUCUCACAGAUCAACAAGCAUUGCUUGGCCGUCUUGACCACUGGGAGACCUGGCAUCAUGUCUAGAUUGUGACAAACAAGGGUGGGCUUGGGCUGCCAUUGACUACGAGGCUAAACGGGAAAAUCCCUUCUCAAUAAGUAUCUAGGUCCAGGUGAAGCAGGCUGUCUACGGGACGUUAGUAAUGGUGAUGAAGUUGAGGUACAAUUCAG